CACUGAGACUGCGCGUCUCGCUUAUUGCAGAGGUUUGGCCUCACUCGGUACCCGGUGCCCGGGAAAAGCCAAAGUGGCAUAAAGCGAGUUCCGUUCUUCAUCUCGGCUCCUUGGAACCAAAAAGUGGAGCCUGACGAACUUCGCGGCCAGGGAUGUGUUCCCUAGCACUCUUCCCACCUCCACCGCCUCCAAGAGACAUCACCCUCUAUGAAUACAAUAAUGCACUGGUUUCUGGGCACAGCAGUGAGAAGCUUCCACAUCCUAUCCAAGCACAGGUGGAGGACCUGCCCACCCUGACCAUCCCGAAGGAAAUGCUGAAAGCCCACAGCCGACUGGAACACAGCACUAAGCCGGCCUUCAUUCAUCACCGGGAGAUCCUGUGGAAGAGGUGCAUCAACGCCUGGCGUGACGUCGGGGUGGCCGGAGUGCUGGAAGAGCUUGCGAAUGCAGAGGGGGAGGAGCAGUGGAACCAGGGGCUGGGCGAGCAGUCUUGGACGGACUCUGCAAAGCAACUAGCUGUCCGAUGGCUGAAAGCAGGAUCGUGCUGUACGCUGGCUCUCUGUCGCUGGGUCUCCUCCCUCCACGGCUCCUUCUUUCCCCAUUUGUCGCUGCCUAGUGAAGAUAUGAUAGCUGAAUUCUCCCAGGCUGUGGAUUGGGCUGGCUGCUCAAUCCGAGCCUUUGCCUGGCAUCCCCACACCAGCAAGUUUGCAGUCGCCCUGCUGGAUGACUCCAUUCGUGUUUACAAUGCCAAGAGUGCAACAGUCCCAAUCUUGAAACAUCGUUUACAGAGGAACGUGGCGUCGCUGGCGUGGAAGCCUCUGUGUGCGUCCAUCCUUGCAGUGGCAUGCCACAGCUGUGUCCUGCUUUGGCAUCUGGACCCCACUUCCCUUUCCACCAGGCCUUCGUCUGGAUGCGCCCAGGUGCUGAGCCACCCCGGGCACUGCCCAGUUACCAGUCUGGCGUGGGCACCCAGCGGAGGGUUGCUCCUGUCAGCGUCGCCUGUCGAUACGGCCAUGCUGGUGUGGGACGUAUCCACAGAAAACUGUGUCCAGCUGCAGUGGUUUGGAGGAGGUGGGGUCACCUUCCUGGCUUGGUCACCUGACGGCAGCAAAGUACUAGCUGCCACACCUUCAGCUGUCUUUAGAGUCUGGGAGGUUCAAAUGUGGACCUGCGAGAAGUGGCCGACUAUCAAGGGUCCCUGCCGGACAGGGUGCUGGAGUCCGGAUGGCAGCCGCUUACUCUUCACAGUCCAGGGGGAGUCGGUGAUUUAUUCCUUGUCUUUCUUGGAAUACAGCGGUGAGCAGCAAGGGCGGGUCGGUGGAUCGAAAACGGCUUCCAUCGUGGCAGAUCUGUCAGAAACCAAAUUCGAUACUCUUUACGGGGAGGAGAGGAUUGGAGGGGAGGUGCAUUCCAUGGUCUGGGAUCCCAGUGGUGAGAGGCUUGCAGCUGUGAUCAGAGGCUUUUCCGACCAGAGGAUCAUCAUCGCAGUGUUUCGAACCCGCAACAGCCCCGUAUUUGAGCUCUUGCCAUGCGGUUUCGUCCAGGGUGAAGUCGGCGCGCAGCCCCAGCUGGUGGCUUUCCACCCUCGCUUUAAGAAGGGAGCCGUUCUGACAGUGUGCUGGUCAACCGGAAAGGUCAGCCAUAUCCCCUUCUUCUUUGAGAACGGUCCGUUUCCCUCUUUUAGUUCUCCGCAAAGUCCCCUCCUGCCUUUGGGCAGUCGAUGCAGCACCCGGGAGCAGCCGUUGUUUUCGGAACUCUGAAUUUCAGCAGGCCGGCCUAACGUUUUCGCCACGCGGGCCUCUCUCCCCCUCCGGCAGUCUGGGCGGCUGGACAGCUUUUCAUCGGCAACCUGACUUAACUCUCAGUCUGACUUGGGGAGCGCAUCUUCUUUCCACUCGGCUUGGAUUACCCGGCAUCGUUGGAUAUCUAACGUCUCCGUCGCCUGAACGACGACUGCCCGUUUGGGAUGGAACAUUUUGUAACUUUACCUGAGGCAGGAACUAAAAAUAAAAGAGGAGGACUGCU